AUGAGUUUCAUUUUAACUUGAAAUGGAUAAUAUGCAUUUCAUGGCUUUCAAAACACUGAAAAUGAGCCCGACAUGGCCGUAGUUGAAUAAAAUUUAUCACUUAGUGUCUUGCACUGCAACUGUUUGAUGAAAUGCCGCAUUGAGUUUACAGGUAUUGAUACUUGAUUGAACAUAUUUAUUUUUUGGUGGUUGAAGACAAAAGAGUUUACUCAAAAGCAAUCAUGGAUGUCGAUGCACAGCCAACCAUGGAUGAAACUAUCUUGGUUGGAGAUGAUCUAAUGAUGGGGCCACCAUCCCCAAUCAUCCCACCAGAAAUUGCCUCUCAUGUUCUUGAAGGUGUUGAUUUGUGUGAUGGGAUUUUAAGGAACCUAUUCUUAUGCUUGCAGAUCAAUGAUAUUGAGCCUUUCUGUCAAGAUGAGCUUGCUUUGUAUCGACACUGUGCUGAAAGGAGGGAUAAGGAACUAAGGCAACGCCUACAAGACAGUGAGUGCAAAUUGGGGUCAUCAAUGCCUUUAGAUGAAGCGAAGGAAAGAGCUGCUCAGCUUGAAUCAGAAGUUACGUCUUUGGAGAGGCGCUUGAUUCUUGCAAGUGGAAUUGAAGGCAUUGAAGGAUUUCGCCAGAGAUGGAGCUUGCAUGGUCGUCUAACAGAUACCAAAAAAAGGUUAGAAUCCUUAACGCAGGGCAUCGAGAAUAGAAAGAACGAAGUGAAAAACGAUGAACGGGCUCCAAGUACACCAACCAGAAGAUGGUUUUUCUGGUGACUUGCUAAUAAGAACACUCGCCUCACUUGCUGCUAGACCACACCAAUCGAUGGUUAUAAUAAUAAUAGUAACAACUAUAAAAGAACAAUUGGUUGUAAAAGAAAACAGUGUUAUUCAUGUGGAGGUGAUAUGGACAUCAGAAGGGAUGAGGUCAGCUUUGUUCUCGACAAUGGCUAGCAUACUAAACAUGCAAUUUGUCAUGAAAGUUUAUAUGACAAUUUGCUACAGAGCCACUACAUUUGUUUUCUAAGUUUUUUUUUUAAAUAUUUUUUCUUGAAAAUAUAUUAAAAUAAUAUUUUUUAUUUUAAAAAAUUAUUUUUAACCUUAAUAUAUCAAAAUAAUCUAAAAAUAUUAAUUUAAAACAUUAAAAAAAAAAUGUUUUUUUCAAAAACACUUAAUGCUUAUACUGUGUUGGGUGCUGUACAGUUUAAUAUUCACCAUAUAAAAAACAUUAAAUAUUUAAUAAUUUAAUAGUAAAAAAAUAUAUAAUAUUCUUACAAUGAAAAAUACAGAGAUUAGUACUUCGCCGUUUGCAUAAAAUUUAUACAGAUAUAAAUACUCAGCAUGUUUUGUUAUUUAGGUACUGUUCGACAUAAACAAUAAUUUUAUAUUAAAUUAUGGAAAAAAAAUUGAAAUAUUUUUUUAAAAAAUAAUACUCCCUCAAUAGCCAUGCCCAGCCAGACGGUCCUUAUCCUUGAUUUGUACACGGUGAUUACCUAAACCAUGAUAUGUACGUUCCUCCUCCUGCAACCAAACAUAGGAAUAACAAAACCAGGGACAUAAUCGGCAAAACCAAAAAUGAACGGACAAGAUUUAAUCAUACAAUCUCACCCUUGACAAGCCCUAGAUAUAAACAUAUAUACUUGUAUCUAUUUCUACCGUCUGUCUCCAAACCCUAGGUAGUAGCAGCAUCUAUUGCUAGUUUCUCUCAGCGCCUCUUCCAAACUAAAAUGAAGGUUGUCGCCGCUUACUUGCUCGCCGUUCUCGGUGGCAACACCUGCCCUA